AUGCAACUUGUGACAAACACUACGGGAAACCGCAGACAAGAUACACGCUGCUACAGCGCGGGAGCGUUCCAGAGGGCACGGCCGCGCCGGGGCUCGGGCUUCCCCUCUCCUCCCCCUCCAACCUAUUUCCCUGCAGUGACCCCUCCGCGCUGGCAGAACGCCGUGGCACAGCCUCGCUCUCCCCGGCUCUGCCUGGGGGACCCGUGUUGUGUCUACAGCGCAGGCCCCAUCCAGCCCCCCGCACGACCCUCCCGCCGUGGGUCCGCCGCGCCGUGGGGGGGAAGGCGCCGGCUCCGCCACCGCUCACCUUCUGCCGCGUCCCAGACACACAUUCCCGGGAGCGCCGCCGCCGCCUCCCGCCCUGCCGGGCCGUGUGUGCGCGUGUGUGUGUGCGUGUUGUGUGUGUGGGGAGCUUCACAUCGCGGCUCCCCCUCCGGCACGGACGGACGGACGGACGGACGCACGCAACGGCCGCCUCCUGCCCGCCUUCUUCCUCCUCCUCCCCAGCGCCGGCCGCUCUCUCUCCCUCCGUCCCUCCCUCCUCCUCUCCCCGCACCUCGCUCGGUGUCCCCGGCACGGCCCCUCCUCCCCCCCACCCCCUUCCCUUCCCGCGAGCGCGUCACGGGGGAGUCUCGCGCCACCAACCCGCCGCCGCCGCGCGGUCAACAAACGGCGCGCGCCGGCCCGGGCAGGGCCCCUGGGCCGCGGCGCCCCCUAGCGGCACGCCCGCAGGGAGAGAGGCGCCUGGCGGCGGCGGCGCUCGCGCGACGGGCACGUGACGGCGGGGAGGGGCGGGGCGGGGCGCGGCGCGAGAGCUCGCGCGCCUCCCCAGGCGCGCGGGCGGGCAGCGGCGGGCGCGGGGCGGCGGCGCCCCCUGGCGGCCCGAGGGGCGCGCCGCAAGCACGGGCGGGCGGCGGUUCGGUACCGGGCAGCGCCGGAGCUCCCGCGCCCGGGGAGCGCCCUGCAGCCGGGACGCGGGUGGCGAAGGCCCGAGUGGGGUUGUGGCCGUGCUUGCCCCCGCCGCGUCCACCUCCUGGCCGGGGACCCGGGAGCCGGGUCACCCCCCAGCCCUGA